AUGGGUAAGAAUUGGAUCAUUCUACUUGUUGUUACUGUUGUUUUACUCGGUGAGUUCUCAUUAGCUUCUUCUGCCUCUCCAGCGGCAAAAAUCGUUAGUGGGGUGGUUACAAAUGUGGUCUCUACUGUUUUUAAGUGGCUGUGGUCAAUGAAAACAACCAGCAAAACUGGUGCAGCAAUUCAUAGCCGUUCAAUGGUGAAAUUUGAGGGUGGAUACACUGUAGAGACUGUGUUUGAAGGAACUAAGGUUGGAAUUGAACCAUACUCUUUGGAGGUGUCACCAGCUGGGGAAAUUCUGGUUCUUGAUUCUGAAAACAGUAACAUUUACAGAAUCCCAACACCUUUGUCCCGAUAUAGUAGACCUAAGUUAAUUACAGGAUCGGCUGAAGGGUACCCUGGGCACGUGGAUGGGAGGCCAAGAGAAGCAAGGAUGAACCAUCCAAAAGGACUCGCAAUGGAUGACAAAGGGAAUAUAUAUGUUGCAGACACUUUAAAUAUGGCUAUUAGGAAAAUUAGUGAUUCCGAGGUAGUAACAAUUGCAGGCGGAAAAGUGGGUCGAGGAGGAGGGCAUGUUGAUGGUCCAAGUGAAGAUGCCAAGUUCUCAGAUGAUUUUGAUGUCGUCUACAUUGGAAGUAGCUGUUCUCUUUUGGUUAUAGACAGAGGAAAUCAAGCAAUUCGCGAGAUCCAACUCCAUGAAGAUGAUUGUUCUUACCAGAAUGAUGAUAAUCUCCCAUUAGGAAUAGCAGUUCUUGUUGCAGCGGUGUUCUUUGGUUAUCUUCUGGCCUUGUUACAGCGUAAGAUUGCAGCAAUGUUUUCACGCAACAAUAAUCCAAAAGCUUAUGCAAAGGGUAUGCCGCCAGCGACAUAUCAGAUGCCUUCUUCAAAAUCAGUCAGGCAUCCGUUGAUUCCUCAAGAAGACGAAUAUGAAAAACAAGACGAGGGCUUAUUUGGUUCAAUGGGGAGGCUCUUUCUCAAUGCGGGCUCGACCAUUGUUGAAAUUUUUGGAGGAUUAUUCUCAAGUUUCAGAAGGAAGCCUUUCGACUAUCAUAUGCAGCCACACCAUCGUCCUCCCAAACACGUGUCUUGGCCCGUGCAAGAAAGCUAUAUGAUUCCAAACGAAGAUGAGCCCCCGCCACUAGAGACAACAAGAGACCCAACGCCUAGAAAAAGCUACCCGUAUAUGACCAAGGACCUUGAGAAAACCCGACAAUUCAAGCGAAGUCAAUCUUUUUACAGAGGAUAUAUCGAUGAUUUUCAGCAGGACCACCACCACCACGAACAGCAGCUAUACCAUCAGCAUCAUCAAAAACACCGCUCAUCAAGCCCUCAAACACAUUACGAGAAACAGAAGUGCGAAACAAGUGAAAUCGUGUUUGGAGCCAUCCAGGAACAGGAUGGACGACGUGAGGCCAUGGUCAUUAAAGCCGUCGACUUCGGUGAUCCGAUGUAUAAUAAUCAGAGUAAUCGGAAGCUGCGUAUCCAUUAUGGGAGGAGGAAGAUAAGCUCAGAACUGAGCUACCAUGGCUGGGAACAAAAUGCAGAUCUGCUUCCUACAGAACUAAGGAAUAACCAGACGAUUCAAGGAGAUGGAAGACAAAGUGAAAUGAAUACUUUAGAUCCAUUGUUUCUUCAUAGCUCAGAUCAUCCAAGAAUGACAUUGGUUACAACGCCUUUAACUGGUAAGAAUUUUUUGGCAUGGAGCCGUUCAGUAAGAAUUGCCCUUGGAGCGAAAAUGAAGUUAGGGCUUAUUGAUGGGAGUGUUGAAACACCUGAGAAAGCUUCACCAAAUUAUGAAAAAUGCACUGCUAGAGAGUUAUGGAUGGAGAUUGAAGAGAGAUUUGGAACUUGUAAUGGUCCUAUGCUAUAUCAGGUCCAGCGAGAAAUCAGUUCUAUCUCACAAGGUAAUAUGUCUAUUUCAGAGUAUUACACGAAAUUGAAGAGACUGUGGGAUGAAUUAACCUUCCUAAUGCCUAUACCUGAGUGCACUUGUGAUUCAGCCAAAUCAGUAUCAGAAAUAACCUCGUUCAAUAGACUUAUGCAAUUCCUAAUGGGAUUGAAUGAUGAAUAUGAACACACACGAAGCCAGAUUUUAGUUAUGGAUCUUCUGCCACCAGUCAAUAAAGCUUAUUCUAUGAUCCAAAGAGAGGAAAAACAGAGAGAGAUUUAG